AUGAUCGGAAUAAAACAAUCGGAUGUUUUAAUCAUAAAAUGUAAUAUGCAAAAUGAAAUGCAAUAUUAUGUUAAAACACUUGUACAUAAAGCUUUAAAACGAUUUGAAGAUGAAAGAGAAAUUGCUACUUAUAUAAAACUUAAAUUUGAUUUACAUUAUCAUAAUUAUUGGCAAUGUAUUGUUGGAAAACAUUUUGAUUGUUCAUUAGAAUUUGAACUAUCACAAUACAUUCUUAUACGUGCAAUGGAUACAUUUAUUCUAUUAUUUAAAUAAUAAUUGAAUCAAUCUAUAAAAUACAAAGUAUUGAUAUUUUAAUCAAAUACACUUACAUUUGUACCCUUUGAAAAUCAUUUUACUGUGAGAAAUUUUCUUUUCAAGUUACUAAGUCUUUGUACUUUAUAAUUCCUGUCACAUGUUGUUUUAUUGAUUUCGUUGUAAAUUUGUAACAGUCUGCUUUGCAAAUUGAUUGAAAAUACAUUAUCUGUUAUAUCUUA